AUGACGUUGGCAGUGGAAGAUUACGGGCUCGAGCCAGACUUUGAGGCCGACGAUCCAGUAGAAGUUGUGCCGAAGAAAAAGAAGAAGCCCAAGGCCAAAAGUGUUGAAUCGAUCGAAGAAGAGCACCCAGAGGCGAAGAAAGUGCAGCCAAAAAAGAAGGCUAAGAAACCGGCUGAGCAGCCAGCUGUCGCACCGGACGUGCCGGAAAACAGUGAAAAAGCGCUGGGCCGGAACAGGAGACGACGUUUGAAUAAGAUCAAGCAAAAACUGGGAUCCGGUGCUCUACCCGGCCCCUCGGAACCAGAACAUGAUCAUCAACAAGAAGCUGAUCUCGGGAAGCCAGUGAAGAAAUCGGGUCCAACUGAAAAGGCGGAGAACAAACCGAAAAAAAAGAUGAACAAGAAAGAGGAGCGGGAAACGCCUAGCAACCCAUCUGCCAAAGUUGAUAGCGACGCUGCUUUGAAUAAGAAAACGAGAAAAAGAACGCUGAAGGAAGACGUUUCAGAAGCUGCUGACGUUGAGGAGAAACCCAAGAAGAAAAAGAAGGAAAAUAUCGCAGCGACCAAGAAGGCAGAAGAAGGGCUUCCGGCGGCUGACGAACCGUCAACGGCCACACCAAAAGAGGAGCGCCCCAAGUUUGACUACUCGGUGGUGCUGAAGGCGUUGAGCGGGGUGGAGAAUGAGCAAGAGGCCGCCGAUUUUCUCGGUCAAGAAGUGGCCGGCGGACGGCUCGGCUACAAGGACAUCGGGCAUGUGAUCCGGAAGUGGCGUCAGGCAAAGGAGCGCAAGUUAAACCCGAGACCGGAUAUGAAGGAGCUGUUCGCGUUCGAGGGCAGCCUGGACGAGCUGAAGGCGCUCGUCACGGAUAUGUCGAAGAAAGGGCUCAUCCACCGGAUUACGGCCGGCAACAUCGUGGCAAAGUGGAAGGCGAGAGAGACGCGCAGGAUUGGGCGUCAGGUGAAGAAACAAGUGAAGCGCGUCUGCUUGAAAUGUCGCGAGCCGGGCCACAAGAUCAGCGAGUGCCCACAGAUGACCACCGAGGAGGGUGUUGAUAUCUGCUUCAAGUGCGGCUCGACGGAGCACAACAUUUACAAGUGCCCGCGGAAGGAUAAAGUGAAAGGUUUCCCCUACGCCACCUGCUUCAUCUGCAAGCAACAGGGCCAUUUGUCGCGGGACUGCGACGAUAACGACAAGGGGAUCUACCCGGAUGGUGGUUGCUGCAACAUUUGCGAGUCGAAGCAACACCUGAUUCGCGAUUGCCCGAAGCGAUUGGCCUCUUCCGGAGUUACAGUGGAGGCUGAGGAAUUGCGAGCCAAAAUGGCCUUCGACCCGAACGUGCACCGCUCGGCCGACGACGACACGUUCGAUUUUGAAGUGGCCGAGGUGGCGAAGGAGGGCGAAGCCGACAAGCCGCCGAAGCCCGCCAAGCCUGCGAAUAAAGCCACAAAGAAAGUUGUCAAAUUU